UUUUAAUUAGUUUUCUUAUCAAGCCACCUAAAUUUUGUUCACCAUGUGGAUUGUUGCUGUUUUGCUACUAGCUUUCUUCUCCUUCAUAUUCUUGUGGCGCUCAAUAGCAUUUAUAGCUAAGAACAAAAGUUCUUCCGCCAUCGAAUGGCCGGUGGUGGGCAUGCUUCCGGCCCUCCUUUGGAACGCAACCACCGAUCUCCACGGCUUCAUCACUCGACUCGUCAAAGAAAGCGGCGGCACCUUCCUGUUCAAAGGCCCCUGCUUCGCCAACCUGGACAUCGUCGUCACGAGCGAUCCGAUGAACGUCCACCACGUCUUCAGCAAGAACUUCGCCAACUACGGGAAGGGUGAAGAUUUCAGGGCCAUAUUUGAGGAGUUUCUUGGAGGAGGGAUCGUCAAUUCGGAUGGCGAGUCGUGGAAGAUACAACGGAAGAGGAUCCAUUCUUUCUUGAGCAAGGACGGCUUCAAAAACUACGUCAUGGCGACGCUUCAUCAGAAGAUGGAGGGCACCUUGUUCCGAGUCCUCGACGAUGUUUCUUCGUCAACGGGAGUUAGGGGUGAGGUGGACAUGCAAGACGUGGUGAGCAGGUUCAUGUUUGACUAUGUCUGCUUGUGGGUCUUGGGAUUCGAUCCAGGUUACCUGUGUGUGGAUGGGCGUUCAAAAACUUUCUCCUGUGGGAAAGCAUUCGAGGAAAUCGAGGAGGGGAUCAUAUACCGACAUAUAGUGCCCAAAGGUGUCUGGGAGUUCCAGAAAAGGUUUGAGAUUGGUUCGGAGAAGAAGAUAAGUCUAAGUACGAAGGUGUUGGAUGAGUUCUUAUACAAUGCCGUCAAGAUCAAGAAACAAGAGAUGGUGCACAAAGAGGAGCAAAGACAACAUCACGACAUCCUAACACAAUGGUUGUUGGCUGACCAUCAGAGUACAGACAAGUUUCUAAGAGACAUCGCGCUUACACUAAUUUCAGCUGGGAGGGACACCCUAUCUUCCACUCUGUCUUUGUUGCUAUGGUUGGUCGCGACCCACCCUGACGUUGAGGAAAAGAUUUUUGGGGAGAUCGAACGAGUAAUGAUAGUCAUGACUAGGAGUGCUAGAGGGACUUCGAGGUUUCUGAUCUGCAAGGAUGAUUUACAUGAGUUAGUGUACCUUCAUGCCGCCAUUUACGAGACAUUGAGGUUGUACCCACCAUUGCCAUUCGAGCACCGAUGCGCCACUGAAGCUGACGUGCUCCCUAGCGGCCACAAAGUUCAUAAGGGAAUGAGGAUGUUGUUCUCCAUGUACUCCAUGGGGAGGAUGGAAGAGACAUGGGGGAAAGAUUGCAUGGAUUUCAAGCCCGAAAGAUGGAUUUCAGACGAAGGAAACAUAAUUCAUGUUCCGUCGCAAAAGUUCAUGACUUUUCUGACAGGACCGAGGACUUGUUUGGGGAAGGCGAUGUCUUUCAUGCUACUUAAGUUCAUGGUUAGUUCAAUUCUUUGGAACUACAAAUUUGAAAUGGUAGAGGGUCACGUCGUGAAGCCAACACCAUCCAUGGUACUGUCAAUGAAAGAUGGCUUGAAGAUGAGAGUUUCCAAGAGAAAGGUAUAGUUUCUUGUGAACAAGAACAUGAUCUAGUGGUACUACCAAUUGAACAUGAAUGUCUCGGAUUCAAAUCUCUCUAGUAGCAGAUAAUAAUGAAAAUAAAUCUAUAUCACCCUUAUCUAAAAAAAGAGAGAUGUCAAUUUUCUUUUUAAUCAAUAUUUAUGGUCUUUAUUAAAU